AUGCGAAAGAACAACAGGAAAGGGCAGAAGGUCAAGAAUGUAAUUUAUAUUGCCAGCAGAAAUUUGAAAUCUAAAAAUAAAGCAAAACCAGUCACCACAAAUCUUAAGAUAAAUAUUGUGAAUGAAGAAGAAGUUAGAAUUGUAUAUAAGGCAUUCGUAGAUAUCCAAAAAGAGCUUUCACACUUCUCAAAUAGGCUGUCACUUGAACCAUUGCCAAAGCACCUGAUUUCUCAGUGCUCUGAAGGUGAAACAAUUAGUGUGGAUGAUGCUACAAGAUUAGUGGCUCAGUUGUAA